ACGAUCAGAACAUUAACAAACCAUAAAACCAAAAUGUUUCGUUUGUGCACGAAAAAUGAACAUUGUGCUCAUACAGCUUUUGAUAUUGAGCUUAUAUGAUCUUUUAUGAAACCCCUCUUACCAGCUGCAGUUACGUUAUUGGCCAGUAGACUAUGUUGUUUCAGUCUUACAUUUUGGUGCUUUCUACUUUCAGACGUUAACAUCCAGAGCACUGACAGUGACACGAGAUUGUCAUGGGUGCUGUGCAAAUCCAACGACUAGUAGCGCUUCCGGACUAAUAUAAACUUGCUGGUCUCUGUACUAAAAAACAAUUUAAUGUCUAAAAGCGUUAUCGAGUACAAAUGUUUAUUUUUCAUGCAUAAACGAACUGAUAUGGUUUUAUUAAUUUUCUGAACACCAUCGUCAAACAUUGCACCUCUUCUUGUAUAUGUAUGUACAUAUGCAACGCACGUACAGGACACGUGCGUGUCACGAGUCUUCUGAAUUUUUUACAUUAAAUUACUCUUUCACGUUUGAAAAAUAACGUCAGUAAAUCCUGGCUAACCUCCUCAUCACAUAUAUGGGCUCUCUUUCGAACACGAAGCUGUUUUAUCUUCUUAUGCCUACCUGUCUAAGGUCCAUAUACGCUAACAUUAGCUGUAGCCCGCCAACAUUCGCAACAUUAGUGGUAGUAAAAAUUUUUACUUUGCCCCUAAGAUGACACUAUAACACUUUGUCCUGUAUUUGUACAAAAUUUAAAGAUAAAUUAUUAAAUUAAACCUAAUCAUAUUAAAUAUUAGUACAUUUUGAAUAACUUACCUAAAAAACAGCUUUCCAGUUUACUUAUUUAACUUAGUAUUAGAAUUGUUUCAUGUAAAAGGGCAUUACUCACAUUGUUAGUUAAAUUAACAGGAUAAUGAGUUAGAAGUGAAGCACACUGAUAUAUUUUAAGGAAGCACAAGUGUUACCUUUUACAGUGCAGGCAUCACCCCAGUGUUCAAUUUAUUGCUAAAGGCGGGUGUAAUUGUUCCUUGUGAGACCUCACCAGUCUGCACAGCUAUCUUUCCUGUAAAAAGUUCAGAGUCUGAAGAGUGGAGAUUUGUCCAAGAUCUAAAUGCUGUCAAUGAUGCAGUAGUGCAAAGAGCCCCAAAUGUUCCUAACCCCUACACUAUCUUGUCUCAGCUAACACUUGAGAGUAAAUGGUUUUCAGUUGUGGAUUUGGCUAAUGCAUUCUUUAGCAUACCUGUUCAUCCAGACAGGUUUGCGUUCUUGUUCAAUGGCAGGUCAUACACCUUCACUCGCCUCUGCCAAGGCUACUGUGAAUCUCCAACGAUUUACAAUGAUGUCCUCAGAAACAGCUUAGAGUCUCUCACUUUAACUAAAAGUUCAGUACUCCUUCAUUAUGUGGACGAUUAUCUCGUAGCAAUUUGUACAACAAAACGUGAAGGGACAUUUAAUCUCAGCAGAUGGCAAAAGAUUGGAAACUAGUAGAGUUGAAGCCAUCCAAAACAUUCCAAAACCAAUCAUGAAAAAACAACUGAUGUCUUUCCUUGAAAUGUGCUCAUAUUGCAGGAUGUUCAUCCUAGGUUCUUCUUUCUGGCACAUAGUCUCUGUGAGGGUAAUCAUUUGAAAAUUGUCCUUCCAGAAGUCCAGCACAUCCUCUUCAUACACGGAGAGUGGUUUGGCUUUUCCAAGAAGUGGCAGUUGGUAAAAGUCUCCUACAGCUAGACAAGAGAUUCCUCCAAAAGGUUUCUUGCUGCCUUUGAUCUGUUGAAAUCAUCAGUUUAUGUAAGCAAACGAGUCCAUGUAAAUCAUGGAUACUACAUCGAUUAUAAGAAUCUCCACGUUGUGUAAUCCAUCUCUUACUUUAUCUUGGGAGUUUCCAAGUCUUUGAAAAGGUGGCUUCAGGUUCCUUGGCAGUUUUAAAAGGACACCACCCGUGCAAUGUUUUACCAGAAAUGUUGAAAGCUGCAGUUCCAGUAAAUGCAGUCAGCAGCACCAUAGGCAUGGAGAGAUCCCCUUCUCCCCCCAGCACCACCUGACACAGUAAAAAAACUGGUCUGGAUUACAUGCUUCUGGCACCAUUGGCAUAUAGUGUAAAAUAUGGCUGCCUGCAUCUCAUUUAGACUCCUAAGCUACUUCCUCACAAAUUGAAGUGAUGUGGCACUUAAAGUUUCAGCAAUCUUCUGUAAAACUUUUCGGGCUUUUCUCUGAAAACCGAGCAUAUCUGAUAACUUACCAACAGUUCUCUACUGAAUAAAUCCUCUUUUUUUAUCCUCUCCCAAAUCAGCCCUCUCCUCUCUUCACUGAGGGUAGGUAAACUCAGCAGAACCCUGAUUGGUCCACCACUGAGACUGUCCCCGCCCUGCCUUGCAGCCCAGUAAAGCAGCGCUAUCUGUGGUGCUGAAGUUGUGCUUCUUGUUCAACAUGGAGGUGAUAUGGGUGGUGUUGUCCGUGGUUAUGUUUCUCCUUUGCUUCUGCAUUUAAUGUAAUGCCCGGAACAACAGAGGAGGUGCCCUCAGAGGUGGCACUAAUGAUGAUGGUGUCCAAGCCACCUGUCUGUAGCAACGUGAUCGAGUUACUGGAGUGGUUUGACAUGGGUCAUCAAUUCAUCAUGAUCAUGGAACGGCCCAGUCCCAGUAUGGACCUCCUGAAAUUCAUGGAGCUUCAGAAAGGUUCCCUGUCUGAAGCACAGGCUCGUGAAAUCAUGGCGCAGGUGUUUCGGGCGGCUCGUCACUGCUGUGACCGUGGAGUGGUACACCGAGACAUCAAGGCCGAGAAUAUCAUCAUCAACCCCGAAACUCUGGAAGUGAAACUCAUUGAUUUUGGCUGUGCGGAAUUGCUGAAGGACACCCCCAGCAACGAUUUUUUCGGCACUGUGUUCUUUGCACCUCCUGAGUGGAUAUUCCAUGGAGGGUACAUGGGCGUUCCUGCUACCAUCUGGGGUCUGGGCAUACUUCUGUUUCACGUCCUCAGUGGAGACCUCCCCUUUGCAUCACCAGAUGACUUAAAUGAUGGGUACCUGAAUGCACUUCCUGACUUGUCUCAAGAGUGCUUCCAGCUGCUAAUGUGGUGCCUGGAAUUUAACCCUGAAACACGCCCAACUUUCCAGCAAUUGGCCAGGCACGAGUGGUUUACUGGAGGCAGUUCAGGACAAAGUCAAGAUUCCUCCUAAAACCAAAGAUCUCAUAAAACACACCUACACACACACACACACACACAUAUACAGUAUACAGUGAGGGAAAAGAAUUAUUUGAUCCCUGAUUUUGUACGUUUGCCCGCUGACAAAGAAAUGAUCA